AUGAGGUGGUCACUAGCCCUGUCCGCCUUGGCGGCCUUGUCGCCCUUCGCGGCGGCCGAGCGCAUGCUCGUCUCCAAGUCGCUCAGUACCUGUCAGCAAGACUCGAGCUUCUCGGCCAGCCUGUUCCACGUCGUCUACACGCCUCACAACAACAGUGCCAGUAUCAACAUGGCCAUCACCUCGUCCGUUCAGGGUUACGUCGUCUUCGACCUGGCCAUCACCGCCUACGGGUACCAGGUCAUCCGCCAGACCAUCAACCCCUGCGAGACCGAGCUUCAGGGUCUCUGCCCCAUGAACACGGGUAACCAGGACAUCGAGUUCCCCAUCCCCAUUCCCGAGGAUGCCGCCUCGGAGAUCCCCGGCAUCGCCUACACCGUCCCCGACCUGGACGCCAAGGUCAAGGUCUUCGUCAACAUGACCAAGACCGACGAGAGCGUCGCCUGUAUCGAAGCGGAAUUCUCCAACACCAAGACGGUCGACCUCAUCGGUAUCAAGUGGGCCACCGCCGUCAUCGCCGGUCUUGCUCUCGUCUCCUCCGCCGUCAUCUCCGGUCUCGGCCACACCAACGCUGCCGCCCACAUCGCCGCCAACUCGCUCGCCCUCUUCAGCUACUUCCAGGCCCAGGCCAUGGUCGGCCUCACCGCCGUCGACAUGCCCCCGAUCGCCCAGGCCUGGACCCAGAACUUCCAGUGGUCCAUGGGUAUCAUCAAGGCCCCCUUCAUGCAGACCAUCUUCACCUGGUACCAGCGGGCCACCGGCGGCACCGCCGCCACCAUCUUCGACUCUCUCCGCACCCACUCGGUCCAGGUCGAGAAGCGGGCCCUCAUCGGUGGCCCCUCUGCCGCCUCCGCCGGCCUCGACCUGUUCAGCCGGGCCGUCGCCAAGAUGCCCCGCGACACCGCCGCCGCCAUGUCGUCGCACCUCUCCAGGCGUGGCAACAUUGAGCUGGGCACGGGCAACUACCUCGUAUACGGUAUCCAGCGUGUCGCCUUCAAGAUGGGCAUCGAGACGACCAACCUGUUCGCCACCUGCCUGACCUUCUUCAUGCUCUUCGCCUUCUUCACCAUCCUGGCCGUCCUCGCCUUCAAGGGUCUCUGCGAGCUGCUCACCAAGAAGAAGGUGAUGAAGACCGACCAGUUCCUCGACUUCCGGAACGGGUGGGUCACCAUCCUCAAGGGCAUCCUGUUCCGCGUCACCCUGCUCGGCUACCCGUCCAUGACCAUCCUGAGCCUGUGGGAGUUCUCCCAGGUCGACUCGCCCGCCCUCGUCGUCCUCGCCGUCUUCUUCUUCUUCGGCAUGACCAUCACGCUCGGCUGGGGCGCCUUCAAGGUGAUCAGCAUCGCCCGCCGCUCCGUCGCCAUGCACCGCAACCCCGCCUACAUCCUGUUCUCGGACCCCCAGGCGCUCAACAAGUGGGGCUUCCUGUACAUCCAGUACCGCGCCUCGGCCUACUACUUCAUCGUGCCCACCAUGGCCUACAUCCUCGUCAAGUCCAUGUUCGUGGCCCUGGCCCAGAAGAGCGGCAUCACCCAGGCCAUCGCGCUCAUCAUCAUCGAGGUCGCUGCCCUGAUCGGUGCGUCGGUCCUGCGCCCCUGGAUGGACAAGCCCACCAACUCGUUCAACAUUGCCAUCCUGGCCGUCAACUUCCUCAACGGCAUCUUCCUGCUCAUCUUCACCAACGUCUUCGGCGCCCCCGGCCUGGUCGUCGGCGUCGUCGGCGUCGUCCUCUUCAUCCUCAACGCCGCCUUCUCGCUGGCGCUCCUGCUGCUCGUCAUCAUCUCGACGUCGCUCGUCUUCUUCCGCAAGGACCCCGACACGCGCUACCACUACAUGGCCGACGACCGCACGUCGUUCAUGAAGUCUCAGACCCAGCUCAACGCCACGACGGAGCUCGACGCCCUGGCCGCCACGGCCCGCGGCGACAAGGCCGGCUACAAGUCGCAGCUCGACCUCGACGACGACAACGACUCGGUCUCGUCGGACAGCAUGCGCCGCCGCACGGACCCUUCGUACAUGGAACUCUCCGCCGGCCACCCCGUAGCGGGUGGCGGCGGCGCUGGUGCCCGUCCGCGCUCCCCCGUCAACCCGAGCAUGCCUCUCUUCCCCUCCAACAGGCCCGAGUCGCCCUUCCGCUCCAACUCGCCGAGUCCGUACGGCCAGUCAUCGUCGGGGGGCGGAGCCCAGGCCGCCUCGUUCCGCGCACAGAACAACUCUAGUCCCUGGCAACGCGGAGCCGGUUACGAUCACUAG